CAUCCUAACGACUGGUGCAGUAGUGGGUGGUGGAAAUUCUUCUUGACUGUCACUACUUGCAGGGUAACCAGAUGUGCACCAUUUCAAUCGCCUUCACUUGUGUAAUGCGUAUGAGGAAAUUUUAAUAACUUGUGAGAAAAUGUCUCUUAAAAUAUUUUCGAGAUUCAGUAGAAGUUUGUUUCCCGCAUAUUUUCACUUUCCUAAGUGCCAUGUACAUAGUAUGUUACGGAUACAUGAUACUGAUUUAGAAAGUAAUGCUGGGAAACUUGUUAAAGUACAGGGAUGGGUUCAUGCAAUCAGGAAGAUGAAAAACAAUAUUUUUAUCGAUGUUGCGGAUGGAUCAACUCCUAAAUUGUUUCAAGUUGUUGUGCCCAAAAACAUUGAAUCUGAUAAGUUAAGUUAUGGAAGUAGUAUCACGGCAGAAGGCAAGUUAGCUUUAGCUCCUAAUGGUAGGAUUGAAUUACAUGCAGACAAUCUUGUUGUAAUCGGUACAUGUGAUGUAAUGGAUGGAUAUCCUUUUGCUCCAAGAAAAACAUAUUCUGAGGAAUAUGUUAGAAGGUAUUUGCAUUUAAGACCAAGAACUAAAACAUUUUCAUGUUUGCUAAGGUUGCGUGAUAUAGCAUCUGCAUCUAUUGAUAAUCAUUUAAGAAGUAAAGGUUUUAUUAAUGUGCAUACACCUAUUUUAACUUCAAAUGAUUGUGAAGGUGCUGGUGAAUUGUUUUUAGUAAAACCAUCUUCUAAAGACAUAUUAAAAGCAAUGCAAACAAAAGAUGUUUCAGAAGAAGAAACCUAUUUCAAUGCUAAAACAUUUUUAACAGUUUCUGGCCAAUUACAUCUAGAAGCUGUUGUGAGAGCACUUACAAAGGUCUACACCUUUGGACCAACAUUUAGAGCUGAAAACUCUAAAUCAAGAUUACAUUUAUCUGAAUUUCGUAUGUUAGAAGUUGAAUUAGCAUUUAUUAAUAGUAUAGAUAUUUUAAUGGAUGAAGUUGAACUAUUGAUUAAAAAUGUAACUAAAGAUAUACUUGAAAAAGGUGCUUCUGACAUGCAUGAAAUGCAGUGUCAGGAAAUACAGUGGUUGAACAAAACCUUUACACGUAUGACAUAUGAUGAAGCAGUUGAUAUUUUAAAAGCUAACUUAAAAAGUUUUCAAGAGUCCAACAUAUCUGGAACCUUUUCUAAGGAGCAUGAAUUAUUUUUAAUAGAACAUAAUAACAAUAUUCCUAUAUUUAUUGUAAAUUGGCCAAAAGAAAGUAAACCUUUUUAUAUGAAAGAGUGUGAAAAUGAUGCUUCAAAGGUUGCUGCAAUGGAUCUCUUAGUACCUAAUGUAGGAGAAUUAGUAGGAGGCAGUUUGCGUGAAGAUGAUUAUGAAAAAUUACAAUCAAAAUUACCUUUAACAUCUAAUCUUACUUGGUAUUUAGAACUUCGUAAAUAUGGCAAUGUUCCCACAGGAGGUUUUGGAAUGGGGUUUGAAAGAUUUUUACAAUGCCUGUUUAAUAUCCCAAAUAUCAAAGAUACUCUUCCUUUCCCAAGGUGGCCUCAUAAUUGCAGUUUAUGAAUAAAGUUUUGAAGACUGUUGUGUACCUGAUUUCCCCACACAAAACUAUAUUAUUUCUUAUUAAAACAUUUGAUAAAAACAAUUAUUCUAGGCAAGGAAUAGAACGUGUGUGCAAGAUAAUUAAUACAAAUUUUGUACAUAAGUGUUUUAUUGUAUACAUGAUGACUACACUUAUACAUUAUUAGUAUUAAAGUAAUAGAAUGAUUAAGGUAUUAUAAAAUACAAGCAAAGGUGAUUAUUAAAUUUAUUUUAUUAACUUUCAAUACUACAAAGUUCUUUUAUAUGAAGAACAAGGAGUGAACAUUAACUUAGAUAAACCUUUUUUUCUAAAAAUAAGUUUUAUUGAAUACCGAAACAAAUUUUAACUAAAGAAUAACUUUCUUAUUAAUACGUUUUUAUUUGUUGAAAUAUUUGUAUGAUUAAAAAUUUUAAUUUCAAGUUUGUCAGUAUUCAUGAGUGUCAUAAAGGAUAUUUUAGAAAGGUAAAUUUAGGAUCAUAAAUAAGCAAUCAAAGAAAAUCAGACCCCCAAAUAAUUAACAAGAUUUUUUUAUACAACAAAAUAAUCCUCCUCUAGUAGUAACUUUUUUUUUCCUUACCCAAUAUCGUCGGGAUUAUUUUAAUGUUGGUAUUAUAUACAUUAUAGUCAACAAUAUUAUAUCACACAAUUUGUACACCUAACUGAAUUGGGUAAUUUUUCAUUAUUUCUCAUGGGACCUUAUUUUCGUGCUUUGUAAAGUCAUAAUGGAGCUGACGCUUCUAGAAAACAAUGUCGUAUAACUUUUGAAUAUUUUUACAAAGUACAAACGGUAUGAAAUUCUCGAUGAGUCCUGUGCAUAUCAGUGUACAUUUCUGACAAUUUUUCUGUCACGAAAUGUAAUUGCACUCAAUAUUGUUGGGAAUGCUACUAUACCAUACCUCAUUCUAAUUAAACCGUUUCGAUUACAUUAAAUAUAUACAGUUCUUGUUCUCUUUUUAGCUUAAUUAAGAUUUAAAAACUAAAUACACGCAUACGCUAAUACUCUCACACAUUACAGCACACGCAUUAACUUAUACGACAUGAUAUUUGAACAAAAGAACGAUGCUUGUUAAAAAGAUUAAUAUAUUACCACAUUAAUGGAUUAACGACGUAUAGGUAGAUAAAAUCCAACAUACGAAAUAGAAAAAAAAAGUAAGAAAAAAUGAA